AAAAACGUUAGGGUAAUUUUGAAGGUGUCAACUGUGAAGUGUGAGCUCUCAUUCUCAUUUCCGUAGUCAAAACAUAAUAUUAUAGAAACAAACUUCUUUGGUCGUGCUUGUGAUCGUUUUUCGAAUCCAAGUUUUGUCAAUUUUCCUAACCUUUGACCAAAACAAAAAUGAUUAGUCCUACACGAUGCCAACAUAUGGAAAAAUUUUCUGUCUAUUACCCAUAUGGAGACCUUCGAGUUCGAAACGUACUGAAAGAUUUCAGGGAUCAAAGCUUUAGUGAGAAGACUAACAGUAAAACUGCUCAGGUUCUCUUUCUUGGAUCUGGGGAGGACAUGAGGAAAACUCUUCUGGCAACAACAGUUGAGCAUGUCAACAAUUUUCACUUCCAUCUUAAUACCGAUUGUCCAUCAAUUGUGGCUCGCAACAUUAUGAUCUUGAAAAUUCUGUCAGCUCAAGAUUUCGAUCCCAAUAAGGAAGAAGAUUUCAGCUUUCUGUGGGAUGUUUGGUAUAAUACCGAGUGGCCAGAGAUCACUAGAAAACGAUUUCUCAUUGUUUUAAAUGAUCUGUUGGAUGACAAGUUACCAGAAAAUGUUACUGUUCCUGAUCCAAACCAUUACAAAAGUCUGAAGAAAAUCUGGAAAGUUUGGUACACCAUUUCUUCAAGAAACCAAUCCGAAUCUGAAAUGCUGUUGUGUAAAACCAAGAUGAAGAGAUCUGAACUUUUUGUAACAUCACACGAAACCACCGUUCUCCCCCCUCGCAAUUCAGAUGAAAAAAUAACCCAUGCCAAAGCUUUUUCAAGAGCAGUAAACGAGAUCACCAAGUAUUUAAUGAAGAGAAAUUCGAUUGGAGACCUGGAAGACUCUUUGGGGCGGAUAAUUGAGCAGGAAUUUCAAGCUUUUUACGAAAGAGGCAGCUGUCGACUCCAAAAUGAAUUGGAAACUGUGUGUAUUAAUUCGUCGUUUCUAAACCCUGACACCGAGCAAUGGGAAGUCCACUACUCAUCGUGCCCAUUCCUUGGCUAUCUUCCAUUAUCGCAAGAUCAAGAACUAAUAACCUCAGUCAAAGAAAAAAUUCUUCUACCCACCUGCCAAAAAAUUCUGAAAGACACAGUGAAUUCCUACCGAAGUCGUAUUGCAGACAUCCAAGUAUUUUUCCACUUAGAAGAUACCCUGGAAUUUUGUUUCACGAACGCAAACAAGUUUGACGUCAUCGACUGUUCUAGCGCAGAUUGUUUCGGACUUGCUAAUAUCCUCAACGCUGCAAGUGGAAGAUUGUCGAAUAAUCCGGGAGCCGUUUUGUUUACUAGAAGUACAGAGUGGGAAAAAUUGGCUCCUACUGUAGAGCUGUACGUCGAGCAUGUUCUUUGCUGCCCUUUGAGGAUGAUCCCCACAAUUUAUGGAUUACAACUGAAUGAGCACGUGGAACUAGGAUCCCGGUAUCCACCCAGUUUUCAUUUUACCGCCGUGGCAAACCUUUCCUGGCAGAAAGCCAUUCAUUUUCAGAACAUUGUUAUGUCUCCUUCCUCCUCUUUGACGGAUUUUUUGAACAAGCUGGCCCAGAAAUGUUUUGUUAGCGAGCGCUUUCCCAAGCCCAGUCAGGUUUCAAGUUACCAAAUGGCAGUGUUAGAGAGGCAUCAUUAUUCUCCGUUAACAUUUCACUACAUCGUCAGCUCCAUGAAUCAGCGCCUUGGAGGAGAUCACUGGAUUAAAGAUGCUCACCUAUUGGAUACUCCUGCCCUUUUCAACAUGACAAGACGUACAACGGAGGCCUGGGAAAAGGGCCUGGAAAUUUUGAAGAUAACAGCAGAAAUCCCCAUCAACUCUAUUAACGAAGAUGCAUUUAAGGUUUUAAUUCAGCAAUUGGGUUUACCUACUUUUCGCUUGGUUCUCAUGCCUUGUAGUGUGACAGCUAGCCAUUUUAUUCACGGAAUCGUUCUCAAGAGUUCAAGCAUAACUUUUUCCGGUUCGAUUGAAUCUCACGUCAUCGACAAUUUCUCACUAGAGAUAAAAGAAAAAAGCAAGAAAAUUGUCGCUACCUUCUUAAUUGCGUCUGCUCACAACCUUCCUGAAGCGUACUGUGUAUACGUGAUUGACAGUAUGCAUCAUUGUCCUCUGCUCAACUUUGGUUCUCUGAAAUCCAUGCACACUGAAAAGUUUCAUCUUCCUUACCCGUUUUCUCGUCCGACACUUUCCCCUGAUGUUGUUCCCUGUCUUGGGGCAUCGGUCAUGAAAGUCACCAGCUGUAUCGAGUCCGAGAAUGAAUUCAAACUGAAGAUAAUCUUCGAUUGCAACGAAGAUGUUUCAGGUCUAACACUUUCCACUGACCAAGUACUACCGUGCAUGUCUGCCCAUCAAGUUACUAUAUCUCUAAACACGCCUUCCAAAUGGAAUUCUUUGACUUUGUCAUUUCCUUAUCCAAUUCUUGUCAACGAAAUCAGCGCUAUUCUUCAUAGUACUGACCGUUUAAUUGAAUUGGUAUUGAAGAAAGGAUGGUGGGAGCCGUGGCCAGUUGAGUUCCAAUCGAACGAAGAAUGGAAAUGGAAUGUUGAUUCUUUGAAACCUUGGGAAAAUCAUGCGAGUCGUUCCAUUUCGGAAUUUGGCUGGUGCAACGCGCUGAACUUCCAUCUCAAUUUGCAAUUUAACUUGGAUUUUAAAUUUAAUGACCCAAAACCAACACGAGAUGUAUCUCCAAUCAUAGAACCGUCCCUCUGGAAUUUGAGGGCUGAGCAAUUGAAAGAGAAAGAAGCUUUGCAAACUCUCCGGAAAAGGUUCAAGUCGCUUCUUUUUAACCCAGCUACACCAGAUCUCGAAUAUUUUGGUAUUCAACCAACUGGAUCGCCAAAUACGGAUUGCUGCAUCUUGGUUUUAAUCCACAAGGCCCUUCUCACUUCUCCUCUGGGCAGUCCGAUUCGAUUGUUGACUGUGAUUGACGAACAGAUGGCUAAUAUCCUUAUGGAAAAGGAACAGUUAAAUGAGGAGACAUACACGGAGGAGUACGAUAGAGCUAUCGAGUGUAUCGCAGGAAAAAGUGGCUCAGUUAUCUCUGUUGAACCCUACGAAUUGAUGCUAUGGAACUUCAUCUUGAGACUCAACUCGACUAAAAUCGUGCCUGGUUCAGAGCAAACAAGACACCUUGCUUCGGGAAUGAACAGCUCUUGGUUGUUUGCUACGUUCGUGUCUCCCCUUUACGUCGAUGGUCUUCUUAAUUUUAAAAACGUCCGCGCGCAGUUCUCUACAAAUGAUUCGACUAGUGCCGACAAAAAUUGUUGUGGAGCUUGCAAGAAAGUCCCCCAAAUUCCGAAGCGUUGCAGUCGCUGCCGUUCCAUCGUUUAUUGCAGUGUCGAGUGUCAGCGCAGUAAUUGGUCACAACACAAACUGCUGUGUAAGCGCAAGUAGUAAAAACAAACCAGCACAUCCCAAGUCCGUUCUUGUUCAAUUUUUCAUUAUUAAUUUUGCGGUAAAUUUAAUUUUUCGUACCGCAAUCUUAUUGGAACGUUGAUUUAAGCAAGUGUUUGAUUGUCGCUGACUGUUUUUUCAUGGAAAUUGGUAUAACUUGUUGAAUUCAGAAUAAAAUCUUCAUUCAGAAAAAGAA